AUGCCUCCUCAACAGAGCAACAACAUGACCAAGCAACAGAAGAUCAGCGUUGGCAUUGAGAAGCUUAAGACAGCACGUGCUGAAGCUGCCGAGAAAAAGGCCUACGAAGCUGCUAACCCUCCUGCAAAGGUUAACUCAUCAAACGCCGCAACUUCUGUGAAUCAAGCUCCUAAAUCGGGCACUUCCAGUUCCAUUUUAUCUCUUCCACGUAUGAAAAAGCGUCCAGGAAAAUCAAUGACCGAGGUUGCUAAGAAAAAAGCCGCCGAGGAAGCUGCUGUAGCUGCCAAAGUCAAGCGCCAGAUGUCAGAGAAGGAAGACGGAGAGAUCGAUAGCGACGAAGAAGAUAUCGUUUACAAAGGCCACAUGAACAACGGUGACCAAAACCGGAAGUUUGCCCCAGUCGAUAAUAAAUACAACAAAACCAAGGCUUCAGUCCCAGCUUCUGGCCAUGCGCCAUCAAACAACAAAGACCAAAAGACCUUGGGCCACAAUGAGAUCAAGAAUGAGGCUAAGAAAACCACAAAGUUCAAGCCCGAUAUCCCAAAGCUCCCUCCCAGAGUUCAAAAGUUCCAGGACCUUAAGAAAGAGAAGGAGCAGUCUUCGGUCAAGCGCAAGUAUUUCGAUACGGACUCUAGUGAGUCUGAAGAAGAAAUCGCUAAGCCUGCCAAGAAGCCGAAGACCACAAAGGCAGGCAUGAACUUCGAAAAUGUUUCCACCAAGCGCAAGCAUACUGAGGAGGUAGAAACAAGUGGUCCUGUGAAGAAACAGAAGAUCACUGAAGCAAUUAAAAAACCUGUUGCUGCUCCUGUAAAGCGCGCCCCUAUCAAGGAGAUGAAGGUUCGAAACAACCCCACCAAGAAUUUGUUAGGCUUUGGUGGUUCCAAAUCUACCAAGAAGCCAUCAGUACCAAGGAAGGGUUCUAUGCAGCCUAGGUCGGUUUCUGAGGCAGCGAACGAAAAUGGCGAGAAAUCUACAGAAAAUGUCUUGAAAUCCGUUUCCGCGCAAGUUAAACCAAAAGUCGUCACAUCGCAGAGCAAUUCAGCCGUUCCAUCGACUGGAAAGCCAUCGAAACUCCAAUACCUUCCUAACAUUUCUAUGGAGGUGCUUUUUGGUGAAGCACCAAGUGUUGCAGCUCAAUCAAUCGAGAGCCCACAAUCAGCCGUUGAUAACACCCCCCCACGAUCAGCCUUUGAUAAAGCCCCUGUCAAGAAGACUAAAUCAAAUCGUCGUGGCCCAAUUCCUGCUUCCAAAGUCGAAGUUACGAAAUUAUCCGCUUCGUCCAGAUCCAUGUCUACCACGGCAUCAACUAAAGCGGCACAACAAAGUCGCCGUAAAGUUGCUCCUGAUCUCCAUGCUGAAUUCGCAAAGCCGUCUGCUUCGAUUCACAAACCCUCACCAGCCUCCACAAGCACUUCCGAUAAGGCUCAAUCUACUCGCCGAGGCGCUACUCCAGCAUCCAAGGAUGAAGCUACCAGGAAAGUUCCUUCUUCAAUCCCCUUACCCACCUCUUCAUCAAGUGGAAAGGUAAUACCUAAUCCUCGUCGCGCCGUCUCACCUCUUCAUGUUGAGCUCAAGAAGCCAUCUAUUUCAUCAAAACCUUUGAGCACCAAGACACCAACAAAUGAAGCUGGUAGAUCUACAUUAGACCGUAUUAAAAAUUCAACUUCCGCCCCAAGAAAGAUGAUCAAGAAGGGGAACAAAACUGAUGGAGUUGUGCCCACUCCCAGAUCACCAGUUGUUGAUAGAUUGGAAAACACCAAAGACAACAUGAAAGACAAAUGUGAGGCAAAGAAAGUGGAGAUUUCAGAACAGCCAAAGCUUAUGGCUGGAAUUAAUCGUUCUCGUUCAGCAGCUUUGAACAACGAGGUUGAGGUGGCACCAGAGACAAAAAUCAGCGAAGAUAUUAUUAGCCUCGAUCCCAAGGUUGGCCCUUCAAGCCAAGCACAACGACCAAUGCCACAAUUUCUCGGAUUUCCUGGAAUCCCAGCUGCGAAUUCGGAUAAAGGGUCUGUUAUGAAUGAUUUUUUCAAAUUUGAAAAUGCCAAGGAAACUUUCAAGACUAUUACUCCGAACACAGAGCUCUCUGACACAGCGGAUGCUAGAGACGCUAUGGAACUUGAGCUUGAGCGCGAAAUACAAAUCGAACUUCAAAAUUCCUUCCAUGCUGAGCAAUUGCGAACAGCUCUCGAAGAUUUGAUUGCCCUUCGAGCUGAAAGUGGGGAAUCGUCUGAUAAAGAUUCAUCAAAUGACGAUAGCGAUGAAUACUCUUCCGGAGAUGAAUCUGAUGAGGAGCAAUGUGAAGUUCCUCGAAAGGUCCCUAAGCCAACUGUCUUGUACAAGGGAUAUAAUGGUGUCUUACAAGAGGAACCCUGUUAUGCUAGGGAUCGGGGUUAUGAGAGUGAUAUGUCAGAUGCCGAUGAAGACAAGACUGUAUAUUACCAAUCGCCUUACUUUGAGAUAGCCUAUCAGCGCGCGCAUCCGUAUAUCCCGGGCUCUGUCUUCAAUAUACCGAUCACCCGCAAACCUGUCUCUAGUACACCAGCCGUUCCCAAAUCUGUCCUUGAUGAAUUGGAGGCCGAAAUGGAACGCUGUCUUGAAGCUCAAAUGGCUGAGGAUGCAGUUACUGAAGAGGAAUCUUCACCACCUGUCAUUCCUCGCUCCGCCUUCGAUAAUUUUGAAGCCGAAGAUAAUUUUUCGUCUGCUGAGAGACAUCAAAAGGAUUACUCGGAGGAAAUGGCAUCAGCCCCUAUUGAGUCUUCAGUAACUUCUGUAACUUCUGUAAAGAGUUCCACCGAUUUUGAGGGUGAUUUUCAAGGGGUAUCAUUCGAAUUUAAUGAUGCUUCAGGUCAGGAGUCUGGACUAACAGAGGAGGAUCCAUUUUCUCUGCUAGACACAUCUUUCACUUUCUCAAACGCCAUGGAAAUACCAGUAGAGCAAUCUUCCACAUCUGAAGGUGAACAUUCAGAUUAUACCAAAGAAUCCAGCGAUAGACCAGAAGAGCAAACCCCUCGGUCCGAAUCACCCGAGAUGAGCGCUGGCCCAUAUGUUGGCCUAGAUGGCUGCGUCGGUUUACCUCCACUUGAAGAUUUUCCUGAAGAAUCUGAAGACUGUGAUGAAUCUAGCGAGUCCGAUGUUGAGGAUUCUGAGAUGUCAGAAAGCGAUGAAUCCGAUAUCAUCACCAUAGAUGAUACCACACCAGAAGAGUCUGAUGAAUAUGGUGAUCUCGAAAACUUAGAUAAAGAUGAAGAUGCAGAGCUUUACCAAAAGCACAGGGUCCCAGCAGACCUCGCGAAUGUCGAAAUCACAAUGGAGCCAACAGAAUUGCAAUUGCUGAAGGCCAAGACAUCAUGGGAAUUGUUCGACCUUCGAAAAUGGGAGCACGAGAAUGAAGUCGAAGUUUAUGCAACAUUUGACCGCGAGCUUCUCCUUCGCAACUUGAACGUCUCGAGGAAACGCAUUGCUAAUUAUAUGAAGGUGGUGAAAAAAUACGAGAAUCGCACUGUCCCAAAAGCGGAGGCUGUGAAUGAGGACGACAGCAGUGAUGAUUCGGGUGACGAUGAAUGUUCUCAUCCCACCAAUCUUAAUAUAACUCAAGUUUUUGAGACCAUCAACGUCCCAGACAGUCUCCCUGUCGUAGAUCUUGAUACCGAGGCUGAAAGUAAUACCCAUCCUUUCGGACCCAUCGAUUGGUAG